GCUCCGUUUUCACAAAUGCAGGAAAAUGGGAGCGUUGAGUUCCACGGACCCGGAACACAUACAGACAGAAAGAUAGAGAGAGAGAGAGUGGCCAAGUGCCAGUGCGCACGGCGGAUAAUGCCGGCCAAGAAGAAAGAUUCUGCCAAAACUGCCAAAAAGGGUGGAGCAGAGAAGGCCCCUACUACCGACCCCGCAGGAGCUCCCUCCGCAGCAUCAACGGUAGAGCCGGCAACAGUGAAGGCGGCCAAGGGCUCCAAGAAGGGCAAGGGCAAGAAGAAGUAAUGGUGCUCAAGGUAUUCGAAAUGUAGCAAACAAAAUCCAAAUUACACGACAUCUUCCUUACAAAAAAGACUCCUCGAAGAUAUUUCCGAGGACCUAGAACCCAAUUUAAAUGCAAUAAAACCGAUUCGCUCCCUCUCA